AUGGUAUUACCAAGACUUUAUUCCGCUACAUCUCGUAUGGCUUUUCAAGCCGCUAGAACUCCAAUGGCAACUAGAUUAGCAACUAAUUUUGCUAGAUCCAAUCCAAUGUUGAAUAAUAAUAUCUGGAAAAGAUCAAUGGCUUCUCAAACUAAUAAUAAUUCUACUCAAUUAAGUGGUAAAGUUAAAGCUGUUAUUGGUGCUGUUGUUGAUGUUCAAUUUGAUCAAUCUAAUUUGCCUGCUAUCUUGAAUGCUUUGGAAAUUAAUACACCAAACGGUAAAUUAGUUCUUGAAGUUUCUCAGCAUUUAGGUGAAAACACUGUUAGAACUAUUGCUAUGGAUGGUACUGAAGGUUUAGUUCGUGGUGAAGUUGUUACUGAUACAGGCGCUCCAAUUUCUGUUCCAGUUGGUAGAGAAACUUUAGGUAGAAUUAUUAAUGUUAUUGGUGAACCAAUUGAUGAAAGAGGUCCAAUUAAAUCAAAAUUAAGAAAACCAAUUCAUGCUGAUCCUCCAACUUUUGCUGAACAAUCUACUGCGGCUGAAGUCCUUGAAACUGGUAUUAAAGUUGUUGAUUUAUUAGCUCCUUACGCAAGAGGUGGUAAGAUUGGUUUAUUCGGUGGUGCUGGUGUUGGUAAAACAGUUUUCAUUCAAGAAUUGAUUAAUAAUAUCGCUAAAGCUCAUGGUGGUUUCUCUGUUUUUACAGGUGUUGGUGAAAGAACAAGAGAAGGUAAUGAUCUUUACCGUGAAAUGAGAGAAACUGGUGUCAUUAAUUUAGAAGGUGACUCUAAAGUCGCUUUAGUAUUUGGUCAAAUGAAUGAACCUCCUGGUGCAAGAGCUAGAGUUGCUUUAACUGGUUUAACUAUUGCUGAAUAUUUCAGAGAUGAAGAAGGUCAAGAUGUUUUAUUAUUUAUUGAUAACAUUUUCAGAUUUACUCAAGCUGGUUCUGAAGUUUCAGCCUUAUUAGGUCGUAUUCCAUCUGCUGUCGGUUAUCAACCAACUUUAGCUACUGAUAUGGGUUUAUUACAAGAAAGAAUUACAACUACUAAGAAGGGUUCUGUUACAUCUGUUCAAGCCGUUUACGUGCCAGCUGAUGAUUUAACGGAUCCUGCUCCAGCUACUACCUUCGCACAUUUAGAUGCUACUACUGUCUUAUCAAGAAGUAUCUCUGAAUUAGGUAUUUACCCAGCUGUCGAUCCAUUAGAUUCUAAAUCAAGAUUAUUAGAUGCUGCUGUUGUUGGUCAAGAACAUUAUGACGUUGCUACAAAGGUUCAAGAAACUUUACAAACUUAUAAAUCUUUACAAGAUAUUAUUGCAAUUUUAGGUAUGGAUGAAUUAUCAGAACAAGAUAAAUUGACCGUUGAAAGAGCAAGAAAGAUUCAAAGAUUCUUAUCUCAACCUUUUGCUGUUGCUGAAGUCUUUACUGGUAUUCCAGGUAAGUUGGUUAGAUUAAAGGAAACUGUUAAAUCAUUCAAGGAUGUCUUAGAAGGUAAAUAUGAUGACAUUCCAGAAAAUGCUUUCUAUAUGGUCGGUGGUAUCGAAGAUGUUGUCGCCAAGGCUGAAAAAUUAGCUGCCGAAGCUAACUAG